AUGUGGCUGGCGCUCACUGUCUGCAGAAUACCCACCACCCCACCUCCACACAGCUCCCCGCCACCCCACCUCCACACAGCACCCCCAACCCACCUCCACACAGCUCCCCGCCACCCCACCUCCACACAGCACCCCCAACCCACCUCCACACAGCACCCCAACCCAUCUCCACACAGCACCCCAACCCACCUCCACACAGCACCCCAACCCUUCUCCACACAGCACCCCCAACCCACCUCCACACAGCACCCCCAACCCACCUCCACACAGCACCCCAACCCAUCUCCACACAGCACCCCCAACACCUCCACACAGCACCCCCAACCCACCUCCACACAGCUCCCCGCCACCCCACCUCCACACAGCACCCCCAACCCACCUCCACACAGCACCCCCAACCCACCUCCAGCACAGCUCCCCACAGCACCCCACCCACCUCCACACAGCACCCCAACCCACCUCCACACAGCUCCCCCAACCCACCUCCACACAGCACCCCCAACCCACCUCCACACAGCUCCCGCCACCCCACCUCCACACAGCACCCCCAACCCACCUCCCACAGCUCCCUGCCACCCCACCUCCACACAGCACCCCCAACCCACCUCCACACAGCACCCCCACCCCACCUCCACACAGCACCCCCAACCCACCUCCACACAGCUCCCUGCCACCCCACCUCCAGACAGCUGCCCCCAACCCACCUCCACACAGCCCCUGCCACCCCACCUCCAGACAGCACCCCCAACCCACCUCCACACAGCUCCCUGCCACCCCACCUCCACACAGCACCCACAGCCCACCUGCCACACAGCUCCCACCUCCAGACAGCACCCCCAACCCACCUCCAGACAGCUCCCUGCCACCCCACCUCCAGACAGCACCCCCAACCCACCUCCACACAGCUCCCUGCCACCCCACCUCCAGACAGCUGCUCUCCACUCCACCUCCAGACAGCCCCUCCACCGCACCUCCAGACAGCCCCCAACCCACCUCCAGACAGCCCCUCUCCACCCCACCUCCACACAGCUCCCUGCCACUCCACCUCCAGACAGCACCUCUCCACCGCACCUCCAGACAGCCCCUGACCCCCUCCACCUCCAGACAGCUCACCCAACCCACCUCCAGACAGCCCCUCUCCACUGCACCUCCAGACAGCUGCUCUCCACUCCACCUCCAGACAGCCCCUGUUCACCGCACCUCCAGACAGCCCCCCAACCCCACCUCCAGACAGCCCCUCUCCACUACACCUCCAGACAGCCCCUCUCCACUCCACCUCCAGACAGCCCCUGUUCACCGCACCCCACAGCCCCCCACCCACCUCCAGACAGUCCCUCUCCACCCACCUCCAGACAGCCCCCUCCCCUCCACCUCCAGACAGCCCCUCUCCACCGCACCCCCACACAGCCCCCGACCCCCCCCACCUCCAGACAGCUGCUCUCCCUCCACCUCCAGACAGACCCCUCCCUGCACCUCCAGACAGCCCCUCUCCCCCAACCACCUCCAGACAGCCCCUCUCCCCCACAUCCAGACAGCCCCCCUCCACCGCACCUCCAGACAGCCCCCGACCUCACCUCCAGACAGCUGCUCUCCACUCCACCUCCACACAGCCCCUCUCCACUGCACCUCCACACAGCCCCCCGCCACCCCACCUCCACACAGCCCCCCCAACCCACCUCCACACAGCCCCCUGCCCCCCCACCUCCAAACAGCCCCCUGCCACCCCAACUCGACCUCCAAUUAGCCCCCCACCUCCACACAGCCCCCAGCCCCCCCCACCCCCAGCCCCCUGCCACCCCCCCACCUCCAACACAGCCCCCCCCUCCCACCCCAGACAGACCCGACCUCAUCUCCAGACAGCUGCUCUCCCCCACCUCCACACAGCCCCCAGCCUCCCCACCUCCAGACAGACCCGACCUCACCUCCAGACAGCCCAUCCACCCUACCUCCACACAGCCACCCACCCCACCGCACCUCCAGACAGCCCCUCUCCACCGCACCUCCAGACAGCUGUUCUCCACUCCACCUCCAGGCAGCCCCCUUUACCGCACCUCCAGACAGCUGCUCUCCACUCCACCUCCAGACAGCCCCCCCCAACCCCAACCCCACACCACCACACAGCCCCCUGACCCGACCUCACCUCCAGACAGCCCAUACACCCUACCUCCACACAGCCCCUCCACCCCACCCCACCCCACCUCCACACUCCACACUCCUUUCUCCCUUCUGAGGGAAUAA